AUGGCGAAGUCUAAAGCUGCUAAGAAGCGCAAGCAAACCGCGCAAGAUGAACUUCCGCGCAAGGUGGUCAAGACCGCAGCGACGACAAUUACACCACCCGACAGCGACGACAACACUGCCUCAAACCUCGAGCCCAAGAGCCUCCAGACGGUCAUAUCAGACGAGGAGCUCGACAUCGCGAUUGACACGCUGAACACACUCGCAAAAUACCCGAACCUCAUCAAAUCGAAACAGUGUCGGGACCUUCGCGUCGCCGUCUAUGACUUCCGUCAGAACUGCGCCAGCGGCGUCAACAAUGCUCCUGGUACAAACCUUGGCCUUACGGCACGAAUUACCGGCGCCCUCACCGACGAGAAAUACGACGACGCGAGAGUGCUGCUAUCCGAGAUGAGAAUCCGCGGCCAGGAACCGAAGCUGGGAGCGCUCUGUCGCUGGGUACGAGACCUGGACGUCAUCAGUGGCCUUUCCACCCUGCCAGAAGGAGAAGGAGCUGGAACCGCUAUCCAGCGAACUGAAAGGGACAAGCAACGUCUCUUGGUUCUCGACGCCGUCUUGCGAGCCUGCGGCCACUCCGAUAGUAAUCCCAAGGCCAUGCCCUUACCUCUUUCCUCGACACCCGGAAUCGCCCUCCAAGACACCUGGGAUCUCCGCUCUACCACGCCAUCUCUACAAGUAUACGCCUCUGUGCUUGACAAGACCAUAUUCGAAUCGGCGCCAACCAAUCUGGCUGCCUCUCUUCGCGUUAUCGAACGAACACCCGGCCCGCUCCGGAAGCCGCCCAAUCACCACGACGCACUUCUUUACACGACUGCACCAAAUACGAUACCCCUCAUCGAAGAACGAGCACCAGUGACAUCAUACUCUCAUCCUAUUGUCCCAGGGCUUAGCCUUUUGAAGAACGUCCUCUCCGCAGAUGAAUGCAAAGCCAUCAUUACUGCCGGCGAGACAGUCCACUUCCUCCCGGAUGCCCCUCUCCGCGAGGAUGGGGAUAUCAGCAUUCUCGCGCACAACUUCUACUGGGUUGUCGACACUACUUUCCACGAUGCGCUGUGGUCCAGAGUGUCAUCAUUUGUUCCCCAGUCAGUCGGCGGACGACUAGUCCGCGGCCUCAACCGACGGUUCCGCGUGUACCGCUACGUCCCCGGUGCCGAAUACCGCGCCCAUAUUGAUGGCGCCUGGCCACCAUCUGGCAUUCUCCCCGAUGACACGUAUGUCUACGAUGCAUCUCCCGAGGAGAAGAAGCAGAGCUCCCUGUUUACGUUCCUCAUUUACUUGAAUGACGAAUUUGAGGGCGGCGAAACAACGUAUUUCCUCCCGGCCGCGCGGGAGGGUACACUGAACGCGUACCCCGUGCGACCGGUCAUGGGCGGAGUUGCCAUCUUCCCACAUGGAGAUGCGAAGGGCGCGCCUCUUCACGAGGGCACCGGUGUAAGAAAGGGUGCCAAGUAUGUCAUCAGGACUGAAGUUGAGUACGACAUUAAGUCAUCUGAGGAGCCAUGA